CUACGAUAAAUUAAUCGUUAUUUCACUAUCGAUACACACCCAUAUUUAUAUGGUAUGAAAAAUAUUAAAAUAUUGACAAUAAGAAGAUAUAUAAAGUCGCUUACUGCUGAACGUUCAGGGUCGCCCACAUAUAAUUGCUUCUCGUUAAAAAUUUAUAAAACACGAGGUCACAUUAAUUGAUUAUACUUUUCAAGUUUUCUAAUGUAUUCAACGCGCUAAAGAAAUCCAUUCAAAAUGCACUGAUGUUUUCAUUAAUUAUAGUUUAACGCAUAUGCGAUAUACGUCAUGAAUAACGUAAACGACUAUAUCCAUUUUACAUAUUUAUUUGAUAUAAAAUUUUAAAAAAUAAUGCACACAAUAUCGGUUCACAAAUUACAACACACAAUCAAAUUUUCAUCACUCAAACAGCAUUACAGUGGUAUAUAAGAAUAAAGAUGUUUGAUCCAUAAAUAUAAUCUCAGCAUAUAUUUAUAUGUGUGUGUGUGUAAGCUAUUCUGACUAUUAACACUAUUCAGUUCUCAAGCUCAGUUGUACUUUACACGUCGCAUAAUCGUCCGCCUCGCUUGUAAUAUCACGGUAAUUCUGAAUCAAAAUAAACACGCAGUGAAAGGAAGGUAUAAUGUGGAAUCACCUUGGUAGAUGGAUUUGCACGUGUUACAAGAAGACUAGUUAUAAGCACUUAUGUUUUUUGGGUAACGCGAUAUCGUUGUACGCAGAUCAUAGGGUUAUAACUAUUAGCCCGAGUAACAAUCCAAAGGAAACAGUUUUUCCGAGUAAUCACAUAGUCUCUAAAAAGUACACAAUAUGGAACUUUCUGCCAAAAAAUCUUUUUGAGCAGUUCAGACGGAUUGCAAAUUUUUAUUUUCUCAUGAUGACAAUAAUAUCUAUGAUGAUAAUAUCUCCGAUUUCUCCGUUAACCAGCAUUCUACCUCUGAGUUUCGUCGUAUUUGUAACCGCGUGUAAGCAAGGCUACGAAGAUUAUAACCGUUACAUGGCAGACAGACGAAUAAACCGAACAUUCAUCACAGUGAUCCGUAAUAAAUGUGUACAGAACAUACCUUGUGAAGAAAUAGUAGUUGGAGAUUUAGUGAAGGUAUAUCGCGAGCAAGAUGUUCCUUGCGAUCUUUUGCUUCUUUUUAGCACGGAUAAUACGGAACGCUGCUAUAUCACCACAUCGAAUCUCGAUGGCGAAACCAAUCUAAAAGCUGUGAUGAUCCCAAAAAUACUCACGAAAAUGACCAUGUCACAAAUAGCAUCUAUGGAAGCUACUGUUACCUGCCAGCAUCCUUCGUCCGAUCUCUAUGCUUUUCAUGGCAAACUGGAAAUAAAUAACGGGAACAAUGAAAUAGCCAAUGGACAUCUAACGAUUAAUAAUUUAUUGCUUCGUGGAUCCAGAUUAAAAGACACAGAUUAUAUUAUCGGUUGUGCGAUUUACACAGGUCACGAUACAAAACUGUCCCUCAAUUCCAAGAUAAGGAGCAACAAAUUCUCUACGGCUGAAAAAUCCAUCAACAAACACAUCACCUCGUUUAUCGUCUUACUUCUGGUCGAGGUACUAGAAUCUUGUAUAAUGAAAGUUAUAACAGAGGCGAAUGCGAAAUGGGAAUCGUAUCUUGGUACUAUCCAGUCCAUUACUUUCGGUUCAUUGGCUACGGAUUUUCUCAGUUUCACCAUUCUAUACAAUUACAUUGUGCCGAUAUCAUUGUACGUUACUAUAGAAUUACAAAAAUUCCUCGGUUCGUUUUUCUUCAGCUGGGAUCUCGAUAUGUACGACGAAGUCACGAAUCAACCGGCAUUGGCCAACACGUCGGAUCUAAACGAGGAGCUUGGACAAGUCGAAUAUUUGUUCGCGGACAAGACCGGUACACUCACGGAAAAUCUGAUGGUGUUCAGGCGAGCCUCGAUCAAUGGAAAGGUCUAUAUCGAAAAAGAUUGCGAUGGUAAUUUAUAUUUACUACCUCCAAACGGGGACGAAAAUCAAGCAACCCAAUUAAAAACUUGGGAGCCAGAUAUUUGGCAUUUUAUGAUAAGCCUCUCUCUGUGCCACUCGGUUCAAAUUUCACCUCCGAGUCAGACGGCCGGUGUUAUCGCUAGACGCACGGAAUAUCGCGCCAGCUUUAAACAAAAAAAGAUUCUGCAGGUGAACAGUUCCUUGCUGAUGGAUCCGAAUUUACCGGAGUACCAGGCAGCAUCAGCAGACGAAAAAGCUUUGGUCGAGGCCAGUGCCAGAUGCGGGGUGGUCUUCCAAAAAUGCAACAACGACGUGAUAGAGUUAAAAAUUUAUAAGAAUAUUUUGACCUACGAAAAGCUCGAAGUUUUAGAAUUUACUUCCGAACGCAAAAGGAUGUCGGUUAUAGUGAAAGACACUGCUGGAGAUUUCUGGUUAUAUUGCAAAGGGGCCGACUCCGCUAUGUUACCACUGAUUGUCUCAGGGAAAAUCAACGAAGCUAUCACACACGUGGCCGAUUUUUCAAUGAGAGGUCUUCGAACCCUAGUUGUUGGCUAUAAGAAAAUGAGCCAGAUCGAAUACGAUCGACUAUUACAGAGAGUGGAACAAGCUAGACAAAUAAUUGGAAUGGAACGAGCAGUAUACAUGCAGCAAGCUUAUGAUCAGAUGGAAAGCGGGCUCACUCUGUUAGGUGUGACCGCUGUUGAGGAUCGUCUUCAAGAAGGUGUGCCGGAAACAUUGGAGUGCUUGCAAGUAGCCGGUAUUAAGGUGUGGGUGUUGACUGGCGACAAAGCAGAAACUGCGGAGAAUAUAGCGUUUCUUUGUGGUCAAUUCAAGAGUGGUACCGAAGUACUAAGAAUGUUAGAAGUAACCAUAGGGCAAACUUGUCUAGUUAAACUUACGAAUUUUGAGCGAAGAAUUAUUCUCGAGCCUUACAGACAGUACGGAUUACUAGUCGAUGGCUGCAGUAUUGCAACUGCACUAAGGGACCAUGCGGCACAAUUCAGAUCAGUUGCAAUGGCCUGCGAUGCGGUUGUUUGUUGCAGGCUAACGCCAUUACAGAAAAGCCAAAUUGUAAGCCUGGUUAAAAAAGCAAAGAAUAAUCCGCACACCGCGGCCGUUGGCGACGGAGGAAACGAUGUCUCGAUGAUACAAGAAGCUCAUGUCGGAAUCGGAAUAAUGGGCAAAGAAGGUCGGCAAGCGACCAUGUGCUCCGAUUUCGCGAUAGCGAAAUUUAAAUUUUUAAAAAAGGUUCUACUAGUACACGGACAUUGGUACUAUGUAAGAGUCAGCACUUUGACGCAGUAUUUUUUUUACAAGAAUUUUAUCUUCAUUACGCCGCAAGUGUUGUACAACACGUAUUGCGGCUUUUCUGCACAGGCAUUUUACGAUGCAUUGUUCUUAAUGCUUUUCAAUGUAUUGUUUACAUCGUUGCCAAUAUUGGCGUACGGAUUGUUUGAACAGAAUUUUACUGCCGAUAAACUAUUAUGCAAACCAUAUUUGUACAAAUUGCAUCGGCAUAAUUAUUUAUUAACUAAAUGGCAAUUUUUUGUAUGGAGCGCUCUAGCUUUAUGGCAUACCGUUGCCAUAUAUUAUAUGUCACAUGUGUACAUAUCCAUCAAUCCUGUUAUGCUGCAUAAUAAUACAUCAAUAGAUCAGUGGGCAUUUAGUACAUUUGUUUUUCAUUUAGUUACAUUAGUGGCCAAUAUGCAGAUACUAUUACGUAGUUGCUAUUGGACGCUACCCCUUGUAUUAUCAGUAACAUUAUCAGAACUAACGUUCCUUGUAUUUGCGAUUCUUUAUUCAUUCGUGCACGUACGAUAUGACGGCGAUAUGCUGAAAGUUUUCCCAACGUUAUUAUCGUCCAUAACAUUCUGGUUCUUAACCAUCGUCAUUGUUAUGGUUUGUCUAAUCCCCGACUGUUUAGUUAUUAUAUACAACAACUAUAGACCAGUUCGUAUAAUGAGAAGAAAUGAAGAAACACGGCAGUAUACUAACAGUAACAAUACCAAUGAUAACACGGAAAACAGACAACGCUUUUUCAACACGAUCCCAUGGAAAUUCAACUUUAUAUUGCGAAAAGCUAAAUAAAGUGGAACCAGAUUGGAGCACUCCGAUUCUAAUCAAAUUAAUAAAUUGUUUCUCGUAUCAUAAGGAACGUAAGUCAUUCAUUAAUUUAUUAAUUUAUCAUUCGUUCAUCGGAUAGAAUACACAAAUAUGUUUAUCAUUAAACUCCAAAGCCAGUUGUAACGUACUAGUAAAAUUAUGUUACGCGUUACUAUUGUAUUGCAGUGUUUAUCAUUAAACUCCAAAGCUAGUUGUAACGUACUAGUAAAAUUAUGUUACGCGUACAUAUCUAUAAUUGCUUGAUUGAAACAAUGGAACAUUGUUGCAACUCGGAUUAAAGUAGUAACUAGUAGUAAUUUUAGUAAGAUUCAUUCAUGACACGUGCAUUUUUAUAUAAACAUUGUAUUCAUAUAAAUAUUAUAAUCGCAGUACAGUAACGAUACAGUUACUAGUAUAGAUAAGUCUGUUAAUAAAUGUAAAUCGUAUUUUAACGAACGUAUAGUAUGAUUUUAUACUGUUUGGAGUGACUCAGGGAUCGCGUUCUUAAACAAUUUAUAAUUUACGUAUUUAUAUACCGAUUCCAAGGUAAUUCUUUGAUCACUUCGAACAAUAUAAUUUAGUGAAUACAAUGCACAUGCUGUUACAGAAUUCACAGCGUACUAUAAGGAAGAUUAUUUUAUAUAACAAGUCUCUGCAAUUAUCGAUUGUAAAUUAAUAUAGAAUACAACUGUAGGAUAAAAAUACGUACUUUUGUACUUUAUGACUGAAAUACGAACGUUUUUAUUUUUUAAGCGACUGAAUUUUAUAAUAAAAAUUUAAUAAAUAUA